CGGUUCAGGUUCAGCUUUGCAGCGUUUGUCCUGCCUCCUCACGGUGCGCGCAACUCUCAGGGAGCGAAGUAACUUGCCCUUUUUUCAUGAAAGCCCUAUACCAUCAGUGUGAGAGCUGGGCUUAAGGGGGAGCGGAUCUGAAGGGCCCAGUCAGGCUGAGAAAGGCAUCCUCAUAAUUUUACACAUGGCGCUGUAGUAUUUGCACAUUUUCUGUGGAUUUUGCCAGUGACGGAAUUUUAAAGAAAGUCGCCCGUUUUUUGUGCUGCUGCGGGCGUUCACAAUGGAGACGCAAAGAUGGACCACCAGAUGGAAAACGAAAAGGUGGCUAUGGGAUUCAACAAUAGCCGCUCUGGUCACGUUCAUUUUAAUUCUACAAGCUGCCAAUGUUAGAGCAGCUGAACCAGUGGAUGUACUGAAGGUGCUAGACUUCAAGAGCUUUCCUGAAGGAGUUCGGAAAACACCAGGCUUCUGCACAGUCCGGAGAGGAUCCAAACCCGACAUAGCUUACAGAGUGGAAAAAAAGGUUCAGAUCAGUGCUCCAACCAACCAGCUCUUCCCAGGGGGUGGUUUCCCAGAGGAUUUCUCUAUCCUGUUUACCAUCAAGCCCAAGGCUGGCCUUCAGGCCUUCCUUCUGUCCGUGUACAACCAGCAAGGCAUCCAGCAGCUUGGUGUGGAGGUGGGCCGAGCCCCAGUCUUCCUGUAUGAGGACCAGAAUGGCAAGCCUGCCUCAGAGGAGUACCCUUUGUUCCGCUCCAUCAACCUUGCUGAUGGCAAAUGGCAUCGAGUUGCUAUCAGCGUGGAGAAGAAGAGUGUUACCAUCAUUGUGGACUGUAAGAAGAAGGUGACCAAGCCACUGAAAAGAAGUGACCAGGCGGUGGUUAGCACAGAAGGCAUUACUGUCUUUGGUACCCGAAUCCUGGAUGAUGAGGUUUUUGAGGGUGACAUCCAGCAGCUGUUAAUAGUGGCAGACCCAAGGGCAGCCUAUGAUUACUGUGAACACUACAGCCCUGACUGUGAAACCCCCAGCCAUCAUGACACCCCACAGGCUCAGGAACCUGAGGAUGAGUAUGGUAACUAUGAUUAUGGUGAGUUCUAUGACUACAGUGAAGGAGAGAAAACCACUGAUGCUCCCCCAACUGAUGGAGCAAAGACUGAGACAACUGUGGGUGGAGACUACUACACUGGUGAGUACGACUACACCACAUUGGAUGGAAGUCAGCCUGAAACUCAAACAGAGACUGCUGAACAAGGCCAGACUUAUGAAGGGGAAAUAGUGGAUGAUUACAUCACCGGUGUGGAACAGGUCGGUGUAGACCCCACUGUUCUUGUUGAAGCCGCUGCCCCAGUGGACACCCAAGAAAAAGUGGAUCCUGCUACUGACCUCAAUGAAUUUAAGGAAUACGAGUACACAUAUGGCAAAGAGUUUGUGGAGAAACCCUACGACUAUGGUGAUACCGUUGAUUAUGAUCCCACUGAUGCCAAGCCUUCACCUGACCAGUACGAGGAGGAGUUUGGUCCUGCAGUUCCGGCGGAAACAGACUUCAGAGAGAGCAGUGUGCAUAGUGGUCAGAGUUACCUGGGAGAAAAAGGAGAGAAGGGUGAACCUGCUGUCAUCGAGCCGGGGAUGCUUAUAGAAGGACCCCAAGGAGCCCCUGGCCAAGCAGGUCUUCCUGGUACCCCAGGAUUGCAAGGACCCCCAGGUGCCCAUGGAGAUCCUGGUGAGAGGGGUCCUCCAGGCCGUCCUGGUAUUCCUGGUUCAGACGGUGUCCCUGGGCCUCCAGGUACCAUUCUGAUGCUUCCAUUCCGUGCAGGGGGUGAAGCACACAAAGGACCUGUGGUGACAGCCCAGGAAGCUCAGGCUCAGGCCAUCCUAGCUCAGGCUAGACUGACAAUGAGAGGUCCUCCAGGGCCAAUGGGUUUGACAGGAAGAUCUGGUCCUUUGGGAGGCCCUGGAACUCCCGGACUUAAAGGUGACAGCGGUGAUCAUGGGCCGCAGGGACCCAGAGGUCUUCAAGGUUCAACUGGUCCACCAGGGAAAGCAGGAAAAAGGGGUCGCAACGGAGCUGAUGGUGCACGAGGAAUGCCAGGCGAGGCAGGGGGCAAGGGUGAUCGAGGUUUUGAUGGCCUCCCUGGUCUUCCAGGGGAAAAGGGACAUAGAGGAGAACAAGGCUCCACAGGUCCUCCAGGACCUCCAGGAGAGGAUGGUCCAAGAGGUGAAGAUGGCCAGGUUGGACAAAGAGGUGUAGCAGGAGAGAGUGGUCCUAGAGGUUUGCUUGGCCCCAGAGGGUCUCCUGGUGCUGGGGGACAACGUGGUCUUCCUGGACUUGACGGGCAAGCCGGUCCCAAAGGAAACAUGGGUCCACAAGGAGAACCAGGACCGCCUGGGCAACAGGGCCUACCUGGUCCACAUGGUCUUGUUGGUCCUCAAGGUCCAAUUGGUCCUCCCGGUGAAAAAGGACCACAAGGGAAACAAGGUCUGGCUGGACUUGCCGGUGCUGAUGGCCCUCCUGGUCACCCAGGUAAAGAGGGUCCUCCUGGCGAGAAAGGAACAGUUGGGUUUCCUGGUCCUAUGGGAUCCAUCGGCUAUCCUGGGCCUCGUGGUGUGAAAGGUGCUGAAGGAAUAAGAGGCCUUAAAGGUGACAAAGGAGAAAAGGGAGAAGAUGGAUUUCCUGGCUUCAAAGGUGACAUGGGCAUCAAGGGUGACAAGGGUGAUAGCGGUGUCCAUGGACCCAGAGGGGAGGAUGGCCCUGAGGGUCCCAAGGGCAAGUCAGGACCCUCUGGAGAAUCUGGUCCUAUGGGUUCAGCUGGAGAGAAGGGAAAACUUGGAGUCCCCGGAUUGCCUGGAUACCCUGGAAGACAAGGCCCCAAGGGCUCCAAUGGUUUUCCUGGAUUCCCUGGGGCAAAUGGCGAAAAAGGAGCAAGGGGAAUUGCUGGCAAAUCAGGCCCUAGAGGGCAACGUGGGCCAACGGGUCCACGAGGGGGAAGAGGAGCUAGAGGACCAACAGGAAAACCAGGUGCUAAGGGCACCUCAGGCAAUGAUGGACCUCCUGGCCCCCCAGGAGAGCGGGGCCCUCAAGGACCACAGGGACCAGUUGGUUUCCCCGGACCCAAAGGACCUAAUGGUCCCCCAGGGAAAGAUGGUCUGCCCGGUCAUCCAGGACAGAGGGGAGAGACGGGAUUCCAAGGAAAGACUGGACCUCCAGGUCCUGGAGGAGUGGUCGGACCUCAGGGACCAACUGGAGAGACAGGACCAAGUGGAGAGCGAGGACACCCAGGAUCCCCCGGUCCACCUGGAGAGCAAGGUCUACCUGGAGCUGCUGGAAAAGAGGGUGGGAAGGGUGAUCCAGGUCCUCAGGGUCCUUCUGGAAAAGUGGGACCUGCUGGCCUUAGGGGCUUCAAUGGUGCAAGAGGUCUUCCAGGAGCCAUGGGUCCAGCUGGCUUAAAGGGAGGAGAAGGGCCUCAGGGUCCGCCUGGCCCCAUCGGUUCUCCUGGUGAGAGAGGUCCUGCCGGUCCUGGAGGUCCCAUUGGUCAAACAGGACGCAAUGGCCCACAAGGACCACCUGGCCCUGCUGGAGAAAAAGGAGCUCCUGGAGAGAAAGGUCCCAUGGGUCCUGCUGGCCGAGAUGGUAUUCAAGGUCCCGUAGGUCUUCCUGGACCAGCUGGUCCUCAGGGCCCCCCUGGAGAGGAUGGUGACAAGGGAGAAGUUGGCGGACCUGGACAAAAAGGAAGCAAAGGAGACAAGGGUGAACUUGGUCCGCCAGGCCCAAGUGGUCUCCAAGGUGUGAUUGGACCUCCUGGCCCAGCUGGUACUGAUGGUGAGCCAGGGCCAAGAGGACAACAGGGUAUGUUUGGCCAGAAAGGAGAUGAAGGACCCCGAGGAUUCCCUGGGCUUCCAGGACCCAUUGGACUACAGGGUUUGCCCGGCCCUCCUGGUGAGAAGGGAGAGAAUGGAGAUGUCGGAGCAAUGGGUCCACCUGGUCCUCCUGGUCCCAGAGGUCCUCAGGGACCCAGUGGAGCUGAUGGUGCACCAGGUCCUCCUGGUGGUAUUGGUUCUAUGGGAGCUGUUGGUGAGAAGGGAGAAACCGGUGAGGCUGGCAACCCAGGACCACCUGGAGAGCCUGGAAUUGGAGGCCUUCGAGGAGAAACUGGAGAGAAAGGAGAAACCGGUCCCCCUGGAGCUGCUGGACCACCCGGUGGCCGAGGACCACCUGGAGAUGAUGGUCCCAAGGGUAACCCUGGUCCUGUUGGCUUCCCAGGAGACCCUGGUCCCCCUGGUGAGCCUGGUGCUGGUGGUCUUGAUGGUUUGCCUGGUGAUAAAGGAGAUGAUGGAGAGGCUGGACAACCAGGUCCUCCAGGUCCAUCUGGGGAAGCUGGAGUACCAGGACCUCCUGGCAAAAGGGGACCUGUUGGACCAGCAGGUCAGGAGGGCAAACAAGGAGAAAAGGGGUCAAAAGGUGAAGCUGGAGCAGAGGGACCUGUUGGGAAAACUGGACCUGUGGGACCUCAGGGUCCUCCUGGAAAACCUGGUGCUGAGGGUCUGCGUGGAAUCCCUGGUCCUGUUGGUGAACAAGGACUCCCUGGUGCUUCUGGUCAAGAUGGCCCUCCUGGACCAAUUGGACCCCCUGGACUUCCAGGCAUGAAAGGUGACUCUGGAUCCAAAGGAGAAAAGGGUCAUCCUGGUCUAAUUGGUCUUAUCGGACCUCCUGGUGAACCCGGUGAGAAGGGAGACAGAGGUCUGCCUGGACCUCAGGGCACUGGGGGUGGAAAGGGUGAACCUGGCAUUGGUGGUGGUCAUGGUCCUCUCGGUCCUCCUGGCCCUCCUGGAAUCCCUGGUUCUCAAGGACAGAAGGGAUCUAAGGGAUCACUUGGUACACCUGGUCAGAAGGGAGACCCUGGAACGAUUGGGCUACCUGGACCACCUGGCCCUCCUGGUGACAUCAUCCAGCCACUGCCCAUCCAGCAGGCUGCAGGGAAGACCAGGCGGCAGGCUGACAUGCAGGGAGACGAAGCGCUGGCAGACUAUGGUGUAGAUGACCUGGGCAUGGAGGGAAUGGAAGAUGUCUUUGGAUCUCUCAACAACCUCAAACAAGAUAUUGAACGCAUGAAGUUCCCCAUGGGCACCCAGGACAACCCUGCGAGAACAUGCAAUGACCUGCACCUCAGCCAGCCUGACUUCCCAGAUGGUGAAUACUGGAUCGAUCCAAACCAAGGCUGCAUCGGCGACGCCAUCAAAGUGUUAUGUAACUUCACAGCAGGUGGAGAAACAUGCAUUUACCCAGACAAGAAAUCCACAGGAGUCAGAAUAUCUAACUGGCCCAAGGAAUCUCCAGGUUCAUGGUUCAGUGAAUUUAAACGUGGUAAAAUCUUAAACUAUGUUGAUGCGGCAGAAAACACUAUCAACACGGUACAGAUGACCUUCCUGAAGCUGUUGAGCUCUUCGGCACGGCAGAACUUCACAUACAUUUGCCAUCAGUCUGUGGCCUGGUACGACGCUAAGGCUGAUACCUAUGACAAGGCGCUGCGCUUCCUGGGCUCCAACGAUGAGGAAAUGUCUUACGACAAUAAUCCCUUCAUCAAGCCGCUGAUGGACGGCUGCUCGCUGAGGCAGGGCUAUUCAAAGACAGUGAUGGAGAUCAACACUCCCCGCAUCGACCAGCUGCCCAUCAUUGAUGUCAUGCUGAAUGACUUUGGGAACUCCAACCAGAGAUUUGGCUUCGAAGUCGGCCCUGUGUGUUUCCUCGGCUAGACACAACCCUACUCCCCCGCUAAAGGACAGGGUCAGAGGGUAUAUAUUAACACCCACAUGCUGAGAUCUGACAACCAUCACCUUCUCUCCCAGCGAAGCAAAAACCUGUUUUCUUUUGUUGCCAAGAAGGUCCACUCAAGUCCGGAGAAGAAGAAGAAGAAGAAGAAGAAAAAUACCCCCAGGCCCUGUCAUGAAAGCGCUGCCCAGGGGAAACUACUCCUCGCCCUUGUAGGGCCAGAAUCACAUGACUUUAACUUGUAAUGGGAGUGACAUCAGGAAAAGGACAUUUGAUGCCGUGGCGGACAGUUGUGCACUUUCAGCAACAGAGAGAGGAUCCACUCACCCUUUGUCGCCCCUACCACACCGCCCUCUCUGGAUGCUCUGGGUGCUGCUCUGAACACAACCACAGAGGUGCUUUUGUGCAGAAUCACAAAACACUCAAGGUGCUACAAAAAGUUCUUUUUUAAAAAACUGUAAUUAUUAUUAUAAUUAUUUUGUACAAUAUUGUUCCUCCACUCUAAAACCUUGCAUGUGCCAGCUCUUAAAGUUUGAUUAAAUAUUUGGUUAAACUAUGCUAGAAUAAAUCCUAAGAUUUUAUUUAAUUUCUCUUAACAGAUUUGAUUAGAAAUGUCUUUUGAAAACACCCAUGACAUACAAUUGACACAAAUCUCAAUUUGUAUGUAUGAAGUAAUCCUUUUGUAAAUAAUGGGUAUCAUCGUUUGACUUUUUUGAGCUUAGACAAAACUGGAAGACAACACGUAAACCAAAAAAACAUUCUGUAUGUUUUAUCAUGAUAAAUCAGUUAACACACCCAUCAAAAAGUUAAGCCAUAACAAGUUGAGACAGUAUUAUAAAUGUUCCAAAUGAACAAUUCCUCCAGUUAGUUGUUAUACCUCUAAUUCUUAAAAGAAAGAAAGAAAGAAAGAAAGGUGGGGGUGGGGGUUAGCAUUUUAAGGGUUUUUAACUUACAAAAAAAUCUGUUUCAUUUGCUUAAAAUUAAUUCAGCUGUUUAAAAAUAAAGAAACAGAGAGGCCCUGUGGCUACGUCUUUGUAACAAUGAACUAAAUGUUUUCAUGUGCCUUGGAUUGUUUCAUUCAAAAAUAUUAAAACUGUGUUUUGAAAAAUGUUGAGUUGAAUGCUUGAAUUGUUGGCAAUUUGAGGGCAGAAACAACUGGCCCCUUUUUUGUGAUUCUGCGCUGCCUGAUGCAUAUCAACUUCAUUGGUUGCCAUAAUUAAAGGAGAAUAAGUGGUUCCGAGCAUUUGGGUUUUAUUUGUUUGAUUCUUCCAGCUUUUUCCUCUGACUCAGAUUUGACUUUGAUCAAGAUCUGUUUGCAUCUUCAGUUCCUCGGCUUAAAGCUAUGAUAGCCAAGACUUGAGAGCUGCUUUCAAACCUGUGUAAUUACAGUAUGUUUACCUAUGUACAACUGCAAUAAAUGUUUGGUGCUUUGCUAA